CUUUACUUCCAAGCUAGUGUGUCCCUGGGCGCUCGAGUGCGGGCCGCUGCGGGGAGAGGCUGUGGAGAUUCCCCUCCUUGGCCAGUAGACCGGAACUGCAGGUCGAGAAGCUUUAUUUUUCUUAAGUCUGGGAACUCCUCGAGAAUGAACCGAAGCUCAUUGUAGAGAGAGGUCAGGUCGCCUGGUGAGGAGAGGAAUUGCCAAAAAUGCUCUUGAUCAUCAUCCCCUUCCAGAGCAGUUGGAUGAAAUUUCCCCUACCAAUGAUAGCCAUGAAAAAGACUCAAGUUACCAGAGCGAAUCUGACGUCACACAAGAAUCACCUUUUACAUCGACCGACACUGGCAAUUCCAGGUCUGCCUUUCCAAGUUACACGGGUACAGGGAUCUCUACUGAAGGCAGCUCAGACUUCUCCUGGGGAUAUGGAAUUUGACCAAAAUGCCACUGAAAAAGUUCAGUUGAUGUUCACAGUCAUUGAUGAGCUUUUAUAUGAACAAAAGUCAAACAACCUUACCAAGGGUCUGCAAGAAGAGUGCCAACAGUGGAUGUCCACCUUUCCUCACCUCAGGAUUCUGGGAAAGCAGAUAGUCCCUCCUUGUGAAGGUUAUGGAUUGUAUCCUAGGUCUCCAUCAGUUACUUCAGCCUCACAUGAAACAACAUUGAACCAAGAAAGAGAGUCCACUGUGUUUGGUAUAAGAGGUAAGAAGUUACCGUUUUCACUUUCUCAUGUCCAUAAAGAUGCUUCUGUCUCCAAAUCUCCGAGCUUAUGUUCUGUGGAAAGAGAAGAUGGAGAAGAGGGUGUGAUUGUCUCAGAAGGAAUCAUAGAAGAAUAUCUAGCAUUCGACACUACAGACAAGGAAGAUGGGUUACGUGGAGGAAAAUUAGGCCUGUCUUGUGAGAGAAAAAAAUUAGGGUAUCCUCCCAUUGCUCCAUUUCAUUGCAUGAAGGAGGAUGUUCUUGCCUACGUGUUUGACGACGUGUGGAGCAAGAUGCUGGACUGCAUGGAGGAGCUGAUUCGGAGGCACUGGGAGGGAUCAGCUUCAGAUGAUGAGAGCAAUGCUUUGACAACGAGAUCUGAUUCCGAAAGCCCUUGUAUGCCUUGUGAACCUCAGCCAUUGGUGUUACCUCAAGUGCCACAGUCGAAGAUGCUCUCCAUCACAUCACAACCGAUGAGUCUCUGUCAAGCAGCCAGUGGUAGUCACCAGCCAAAUGUGAAUGGUUUGUUGGUUCAUGGGAUGCCCUUACAGCCAAGAAAUCUCUCUCUGAUGGACAAGCUCCUAGAUUUAGAUGACAAGCUACUUACGAGACCUGGAUCCAGUACCAUCCUUUCUAACCGAAAUUGGCCAAAUCGCACACUGGAGCUCAGUUCGUCGUCUCUAUCGUAUACGGCACAAUCUGCCAGGAGGCGCAACCCGCCACCACGUACCCUUCAUCCAGUUGGCACAAGCCAUUCACGCUCAGCGACACCAAGACCGCUGGAUGAAAUCAUCAGAGGAACCCGACUCCCAACAGCAGCGGACUCCUUGUCUCCUUCACCAAUGCCACUGAGUCGAAAUAACCUGCUCCCCCCAAUAGGCACAGCUGAUGUGGAGCACUUGAGGAGUGUGGCAUCACAGCGGCAGACGAAAUCCCGAGGUGAUUCUAGCCGAGCUCGCAGCACAGUGGUGGAUCAGCCUAACCAGCAGCCGCAGGAGAGGCUCCUGUUACCUGACUUUUUCUCCAGGCCCAACACCACCCAGUCAUUUUUGCCAGAGACACAGUGUCGACGAUCUUGUACCAUUAUUGAUUAUUCUAAUCAGUCCUGGGCUGGAAGGGGAUCUGCAGGUACAGAUUCCAUUAACCUAGGAGUGACAGGAAUCAGUUUAGGGACGGCUAGCUCCUCCCACAUGGGUUCUUUUCACCACCAGCAUCUGGGUAAUUCUCCUAAGGAGGACAAGGAGAACAGAAAUCAUCCUUCAAUAGGUCUUCAGUUACACGGACCUGCAAGAUCUCAAAGUCGAGGGGGACCAGUCACUAGAACCAGACAGGGACCAUAGGGCAAACCAAAAACCCUGUAGUCAGGUGGUUGUGAGUUCAUCUGAGGAUUUUGUGAAUCAGUAUUCAGUCAGCUCAGUGAUGCAGAACUUGUUUACAAGAAAAACUUGAAAUCAUCUUGAUGAGGUGUUAUUUUUGUAUAACUUACUGGGAGAAAAACUGCACGGUGUCUGCCAAAGCUUGUGUGGAUUGCUUAUCAUCCUUCAGAGUAAGUUAAGCUAUUCUGCUGGACAAAAGACUUUUACAUAAGAUGCACACUCACCCCCCCCCACCCCCCGCCAAAUCAUUGCUUGUAUAAUCUGUCAAGCAGGAUUAUCAAUACUACAGGAUUCAAGAGGUAACUGCAGGUGCUUGAAAAGCAGCAGUUACUUUACUGCUAUAGCAUUUAAGCAGUCAUAUUCCCCAGAACUCUUCUGCUUAUAUUUAAACUCCUGAAAAUAUUUUGAUUUUCUUAAUUUCAAGUGAAAUCAUUACAGAAGCAGUGUUAUUAGAAGGCUGAACUGCCAUUCAAAUGAAAAUCCUUCCUAGAGUAUACUCCAAAAUUAGCCAGACUGAUCCCUAGGGAACUUGGCCACAGAUAUUUACUGGGGUUAAAACUGACAGUAAAUAAAGACCAACUGGAAAACAUGAUGCAUCAGUAGAGAGAAAUAUGACUUAUCCUGUAUUGGAAUAUACCAGUUUGCCAGAUCUUAGCUUUUUAAAGUGAUACUGAUCCAGCUCUAUUUCAAGUGAAGUUGUAUAGACACUGGUAUUUCCUAUAUUCUUACUAAUUCUGCUUCAUUGGUCAGAUUUCUUUAAUAUUCAAUCUCCCACUUUGCCAAAUUUUCUCCAGCAACACUAGGAGGGAAACAAAUUCAUUUCAUUUUUUGGAACUUUUCUAUAUGGCUCCACCAACUGUUGAGGAUUUUCAGAAGUUAAUUCUCAAACAGAUUGCUUUGAUGACAGUGGAGUAGCCAACAACAAUGGUAUAAAUGUAGCUUAUCUUCAAGAACUGUUUAGUUACGUAAUACUUAACUUUAUUUGUAAUUAAACCUGAUCAUUUAAUUAGUUUUAGGUCUUAUUGUUUAUAUCAUCUCCUAAGGAAAAAGAACUCAUGAAAUUAUAAAGUAAGCUUACUUUACUAUCCUUUGAUAACAAAAUGGCCAAUGUUAUCACUGUGUCAAAUAUGAGGUGGGAGAAUUCAAACUGCAUGAAAUUAUAUUUUUUUAAUUGAAUGCAAUUAAAAAAUCUAUUUUGUAACCGA